UGCUUACUUGCACGCAUCUUAUUGGUUUAGGGAAAGGUUAUUUUCCUUAACAUAUUUUCAGCUGUAAAUCAAUUUCCAAAUAAACAAACUCGAAAAAUAAUUCAGGUUAAGAAGCCUGCUCACCUGAACAACAUCUCAAGAAGCUUAAAGCUGUUGAAGGAACAGGUUUUAAGGGAGAGAAACCUCGAAGUAGAGGAUGGGGUCCCUGGGCUCUUGUUCUUCUGCCUUCCUUAUCCACCCCAAAGCCAAAAGCUGUGGCUAUAGUCCACCCAGAGGCGUGCAUCUUAGGCCACAGAAGAAUAAUGAUGUUUCCACCCGCCUAGCGUUAGGAAAGAGACAGAUGCUCAAGGUGGGAUGCUCUUUCUCUUCCUUUUCCUAUCGAGGGAGCGGUGUCGUAGCAGAGCAGGGCGUCGUACCGGCACAGAGGUCAGGAGAAGGAGAUGUGAUGGGUUCGCUGUUGAAGGAUAGAACAGUGUUGUUGGGCAACGACAUGGAUGAUUUUGUGGCAGAUGCCAUUGUUAGCCAGUUGCUUCUAUUGGACGCCAAAAGCCCAAAUAAGGACAUCAGGCUUUUCAUCAAUUGCGGUGGUGGCUCAUAUAGUGCUGCUAUGGCGAUCUUUGAUGCAAUUCAGUUCUGCAGGGCAGAUGUUUCCACUAUUGGUUUAGGAAUAUGUGCUUCAACUGCAGCUAUAGUCUUGGCAGCAGGAACCAGGGGAAAACGACUUGCCAUGCCUAACACUCGGAUUAUGUUGCAUCAGCCUAUGGGAGGAAUAAGUGGGGAAGUGUCUAAUGUCGAGGUUCAAGCAAAGGAAAUAAGGUUUCACAAGAUAAAUGUGGUUACACUACUAUCUGAGAUUACAGGGCGAACAACUCAGCAGGUCCUCAAGGAUAUUGAUAGGGACAAUUACAUGUCACCAGUGGAAGCUAUGGAGUAUGGCCUUAUUGAUGGAGUGAUUGAUCAAGAGUCUAUUGUACCUGUUUCUCCUCUGCCGAAGAUGGUUAGAAAAUAUGAGAGUAGGCCAGAACUUAAGAUUCCAGAUGGUGCAAAAUUUGAGGAGAUUUCGACACCUGAAGUUCCAGAUGAUGAGAUCUAUUAGCCAUGUAACUAAGAAGUUAAGCUUCUGGGAAUUGAGCUGCUAAUUUACAUAUUGAUGGGCAUGGAAUUACAUGCUGCUUCAAUUCAUUUUGUUGUAUAUGCACAACAAUAUCAGAAAUACACACCAUUUCACCACUGCAUACAUUGUUCUUCAAUUUGUAGUUUAACAGUGGAAAACUACAUUUAGGAUCUAGUUGAUCUUAGCGUCUUUUCGUAGCUGGGAGUGAGCCCACUUUUUUGGUUUGUUGCUGGUGUCACAAAUUGCUUGGUAAGUUAUGCAACUGCAGCAACAAUUAUCUAUGAAUCAACCAUAUCCAUAAUAAUGGAGAUGGAGUAUGCUACUUUUAGUCAAGCAUUAUUUCUAGAUAUAGUUUAAUUUAUUAUAAAUCUAAUCAUAUUUUGGGAUUC